AUGGCUUCUCCUACUAAACGCAAGUCUCCCGACGCAGACCGUGACGCGUAUCCUAGCGACGAUGCCAGAACACCCACCGAUGCUCCUCCUCACAAGAAGCUACGGAUAACCCGAAGCCAGAAGCAGGCCCUCAUCGAUAAUUUGCAACUAGAGAGUAUGGUCUUCUCAACGUUCUGGAUGCGCCAUGUACUAACACAAGGUACAGUCACAGAACGAGCUCGCAAGCUUCGCGCACAAUACGCUCUCCAGGCACAUGAUCUGCGGUCUCGAAUCGAAAGGCGCAUUAACCGUAUUCCCGUCGCACUUCGAAAGGCCAAAAUGGGUGAAUUGCUCGAGAAGCACAAUAACUCUCUCCGAAUGCAACAGACCGCCCUGUCCCCCAAGAAACACGCCAGUCCCGGUAAAGGAACGCGCAAUCUCACAUCUGCCUCAGUGAAACGCGGAAAACAAAGUGUCUCUACUGCAAGCCCAAGCACACGUAGACUAAAAAGGCAAAGUCAUGAGGGACUCUAUUCGGACAAGGAAAACGCCCCUGCUGCAGGUGACUCUCUUGAUGUACUCAAAAAUCCCAAGAGGCGUGCCAAUCCGGCCGGUACUUCACGCGUCGUUUCUCAGGAGCCCCUCAAAUCGACGUCAGCCAGUGCAGCGGGAAACGCGGAUAAUGCACGGUCGCGGACCACGAAGGCCAAUACAACUUCCACAAGGGACAUGAGGCCACCAUCCCAAGCUAAGAGACCCGCCAGCCGAGCUGCCGCGACAACGAAGACUGUCCGCUCUCCCUUCUCCCGCCCUGCCACCCAACUCGACCGCAGAGGGAGCAUCUCCUCCACCGCUUCUUCGGGAACGACGGUGAUCAAGCCAGGCAGAGCAGGAGCGGGUACUAGGAAAGCAACCACUGCUUCUUCUGCCAGUGCCCCCGUUAAGAGGACAACGAUCGCCCGCAACCAAGCGCCUUCCGUGGCCGCCAAAAGAAGCACAGCGUCUGCGACCAGGAAGGCCACCGCUCCCGCAGGAGGUGAAGCUUCAGCCACGGGACGUCGAGUUUUGCGCAAGCGAGCGUAA